AUGGCCAAAGUUGCGUUGAUCACCGGCGGAAACGGUAUCACGGGCUCAGCAAUCAUCGAAUACCUGGCGACGCAGACAACUGCAGAGGAAUGGAGCCAGAUUGUCGUAACUUCGCGAUCACGAUUCCAGACGACGGUCUCGGAUCCUAGAAUCAAGUUCGUGGCCCUGGACUUCACCAAAGAGCCCAAGUCUCUCGCAGAUCUCAUGAAGGAUUCAUGCGCCGCCGUCACCCAUGCCUACUUCUCAUCGUAUGUGCACAAGGACGACUUCGCAGAGCUCAACACUGCAAACCAAGCCUUAUUCGAAAAUUUCCUCGCAGCGCUCCUGCAAGUCGCGCCCAAGCUGGAGAACUGUACACUGCAGACUGGUGGAAAGUACUAUAAUGUGCACCUCCAGGCCGUCGCAUCUCCAGCUAGGGAAGAGGAUCCACGCAUUGGUCGGACGGAAGACAAUUUCUAUUAUUCCCAAGAGGACUUCCUAGCAGCGAAGCAGGCCGGUCAGAAUUGGAGCUGGAAUGUUAUCCGGCCGGAGGCAAUCAUUGGGCAUACGGGCAAGCCUAAUGGCAUGAACUCCGCGCUCACAUAUGCCCUUUACUUCCUCGUUUGCCGGGAGCUUGGACGCGAGGCACCAAUGCCCACGAAUCAGAUUUACAGGAACGGCGCGGAUGACUGUAGCGACUCAGGACUCAUCGCCCAUUUCAGCGUCUGGGCUUCCACCAACCCCAAAUGCGCCAAUGAAGCCUUCAAUGUCGUGAAUGGGGACUACUUCCAGUGGCGAUAUAUGUGGCCUCGCAUUGCCAGCUACCUAGGCGCCACGGCGUCUUCUAAUCCUAAGUUCCAGAAGCCCAUUCCACAGGAAGGUUCGGUCCAACAGGAGUUCAGCCUCGCAGAGUGGGCGGCAGACAAGCGCCCUGUGUGGGACGGCUUGUGCGACAGACUCGGGAGGCCCGAGGCAAAGGCUACCUGGGACGCUGGAACUUGGCAGUACCAGGACUGGGUGUUCCACAGGGCUUGGAGUGCUACCAUUGCGUUCAACAAAGCGCGAGAGUACGGAUUUACCGGCUAUAGGAAUUCGUAUAAGUCAAUUGUGGGCGCUUUUGACCGUUUCAGAGAAGCGAAGCAGAUUCCCGCGUAG